AUGAAAUCAUCAUCGUCUUUCUCGUUCGUUUCCGCUGUGAACCUUCUCAUCUUCAUUAUCAUUCUUUUACAUUCAACUUUUAAUACAUAUAAAUUCGGUAGUGUAAAUGGAGAACCCACUGUUGUUCCUUUACCGAAUAUUGAUUUCUCGGAAAUGUAUCCUUUUAUUCAACAUAUUGAUACCUAUAUAAGCUACAAGACACAGAUUGAGUCUUUUCCGAACAUGUUAUUACUUAUUUAUUUUCCUUGGGACAGUAUCACCAUGUAUGAGGUGAGACAGGCUCUAAUUGAAGUUUACAAGGAGUUUUCCCAAACCGAUAGGCUCUUUACUGAAUAUAAUGGAGAGUUAUUGAACGGCUUUACUCUGGUUCCAAUCACUUCUAAAUCCUAUGACAACAACACAUCCGACAACAAGUUUGUUGUCAGGGCCAUCAAUUACCAUAAUGUGCAAGACAAGGAUCUGAAAGAAAAACUAAUUACUUUGACUUCUCCAUCCAUUCGAUUCAUAUCAAGUCUGGCAACAGAACGACAUUAUUUCUACAGUCAAUAUUCGUCAACCAUGCUCAAGAGAUUUAUCAAUAUUUCUCUGAACAGAAAAAUAUUAACAGAUGACUAUCGUGAUGUGUGUAUUAAUGAGUCAACACGUAAUGAACAAGCUAGGCAGAAUGCUCUCAAUAAUAUAUUAGAAGAUGAGCAAGUUUUAAUUGGCUAUUUUCCUGAUCAAUCCAAAGACGAGCAGUUGUAUAUGGAGAAAUUUUACAAUGCUACUUUCAACUAUGUGCAACCUUUACGCCUUAAGACGUAA